AUGAGUCUGCGGGAUUGUUCGAUACGAAAGAGCGAUAUUCUGGGUUCCCUGGAGAUCGGAGACAGUGUCCUUGAGGGUGUUAUCGUUGCUACCUCCCUGGUGCACUGGAGUGUCCUCUGCGAGUUCCCCUGGAGAUCGGAGACAGUGUUCUUGAGGAAUAGACGAUUCAAUAUCCGCGAUGGAUUCGUCACCCAAGAUAAAGAAGAGGAAGAAGAAGAGGAAGAAGAGGAGGAGGAAGAAGAGGAGGAGGAAGAAGAGGAGGAGGAAGAAGAGGAGGAGGAAGAAGAGGAGGAGGAAGAAGAGGAGGAGGAAGAAGAGGAGGAGGAAGAAGAGGAGGAGGAAGAAGAGGAGGACUGCCCUCCUGAGGCCCGAGAGAAAAUAGAGGACAACGUUGAAGACGACGGCGACGGCGGUGAGCAGCUGAACUGGUAG